CGAAAUGGCCGCCGCCGCCGCCGCCCCCCCUGCCGGUGACCACGCUUGCCGGCGGCAGUGGCGGUACACGUGGGAGGCCCUAGUGCACCUCCCGCUCCUACGCCUCUACCUCUUCCGCCCCGCCGUGACCGCUGCCGCGCCGCCCACCGGCCUCCGCGCCGACCUCCGCCUCGACGACGCGCUCCUCCUCCUCUCCUUCUCGCUCGCCGGGGAACCCGUCGCCCUCAGGGUCCCCGUCCCGAGGGUGCUCGUCGACCCCUCCGCCCCGCCCGAGUGCCGCGCCGCGGGGGACCAUGUCGAGGUCCGCCUCGCGCUCGUCCUCCCCGUCGACCACCCCGUCGUCGCCGCCGCCUUCCCCCCGCCCCUCGGCGCGGAGCCCGUUGCGCCUCUCUCCCUCCGGAACGAUAUAAAGAAUCUAUCUUCUGGAGAUGUUCACUUGUAUUGCAGAGCAUGCUCAGCAAGAUUGACAAAACGGCCACUAAGGAACAUUGUGGAAAUGCCAUCAUUAAACUGGGAAGAUGUGGCUGACAAUUGGUUUGGUGGAUGUUGCACCUCAUUUGGAGGUGCAAGCGAAAAACUAGUAUCACAGUAUAUCAAUGCAUAUGGGCGUCUAGAGGGCACAAGUCUACUGAAUGCUACCUCCAUUAGUAUAGAAAAGGAUUAUCUUGAGAAGGAUCUAGUGUCUGGGUUAGUUAGUCCAGUGCCCAGCAAUGAUUAUGUUGCUCUGCAGGAAGCUACAUCUGGUGUUCAUGUAAUAAAUGAUCAUACCAUGGAGAAGAUGGAAUUUAAUGAUUCAGAAGAGAAAACAUAUCAUGAAAAGAAGAUUGCUUCCAGUCAUGUGCAAUCUCCUGUUGUUCCUGAGGAGAAUCAUGAUAGUAAUACUGAAAAAGAUGGAGAUACUCUUUGGACUGAUCAAUCUGGUAUCACUGAAGUGAAUUCUGAGGAGUCUAAAAAUAAUUCUUGUGUUAAGGACAUGGAUCAUCCUACCAAAGAGACAGAUUUGUUGCUUGUAGAUCCAUGCAAUUUCUGUUGUGAUGGUGGAAACAGCAGAAAAUCUAAAGAUAAUCCUUCCAAUAUGCCCUCUGGGAACCUGGAAAUGCAGACUAAAUUGAACCAAAGAGAUUACAAAUUAACAAAAAGCAUAGCGCUUGGUUGUAGCUUCAUUGUGAAAGCAUCUAACCUUCUGAAUGAUAUUGACUGGCUUGAACUUCCAUGUGCUCAUUGCUCAUCACCUAUUGGAUCAUACCCUUCACAAUGUUCACAUGCUCCAGCAGAUGGACGUGUACGACUAUUUAAAUGCUAUACAUCAUCAGACCUUCAUGUCAGGGGACCUCAUGAUGUAUUCAGGAAGCAUACAUUAGAAAGACUUUUUGUUCAUUUGUUGCUUGAAGUUGCAGAAGAUGAAAUAUCUUUUCGUACAUUAGUUAGAGAUUUGAAAACAAAAAGACCCAUCCUUCAAAUAGUCCUCCUUAGUUCAAAAGCGUGGCUGUUUUCUGGCUACUGCUAUGAAAAUGAUUUCGACGGUUCACAUGGGGCAGCACAUCUGCAGCCUGCUGUUAAGAUCCUGUAUUCUAAUUGCAGUAGUGCUUUGGAAGAAGACUUAAGGAUAGUAGAGGAGUGGUCAUCCAAAUAUAGGGCUGAAGAGUUGUACAUGAUGAGGCGUCAAAUAGAUGAACUUAUUGGAAGCCUCAGCUCAGCUAGGGAUAAAUUUCCAUUUUCUUGCUCUUCUCUCGAGGGAAUGCACCUCUCGUCCCUAGAGCGUUAACCUGAAAAUGAGAUAAACUUAGAUCAUAUCCUCAUACCCUAAUUCCUGUCAACACACAGUUAAUUAUUUUUUCAGUGAACUCAUUGACCAUCUGAUAAGUAAACUGUAACACAAUUGGGCUUAUCUUCCACUGUCAAAAGACAGAGUGGCAUCGAAAUUGAGUAAUGGAACAGAGUAACAGUGGAUCCAGCCACACUGAAUUCUGGUUCAGUAUGCUUCCAGUAGUUGGUGGUUCAACCAUCUGGUAAUCUACUUCACACAGUGAAUCCUCCUUGCAGUCUGUAUUCUGGUAUAUGUCUAGAUUUUCUUCCUUAACGAAGCUAACUUUGAUUCUCCCAUUAAUGGAGUGAUCUGAUCAUUAUGUUUAUUGAGCUCUAAUAGUCUGAUGGGAGCAAAGCAUUCUGAUAGUCGUGCUCCUUAUAUUCACAUUGGUUUAACUUAUGGACAAUGCUGCAAGAGUGGUAGCUCCCGGACACAUUCAUCUGAUAUACUGGACCGACUAAUAAUACUUAUGAAUAGCUUCGACCAUAUAAUAUGGCUACAGGAAAUAGUUGUUGAAUCUUGCAUAGUUACAAAGUGUACAACCUAUUGUUCCCUAUGUCUUGGGUAGGAGUACUAUGCUACCCUGAUGUAGCACACUAAACAUCUACACCUUUAGAUUUUCGCUUUUGCUGUAAAUCAAUCCGAGUGAUUUUUUUUUCUUAAAAUCACACAUGUAACUAUAAAUAUAAUUACAGUGUUAUUACAAUGUAACCAAUAUAUAAUUACAAUGUA